UGGCUUCCGUCAGUCACAUUCUUCCACUGGUCUCACUGAUCUCACUGCUUCCAGGUCACGGCUGCACUCAUUGCUCAGCUGCGUCUGAGAGACGAGAGGUUCCACGAGCAGAGCUGCACGGAAAAUCGUAAAGCAAGCCUCAAACGUUGGGCAUUCUGCAGCGCUGAGAUCCGGUGGCGAAGCUCGCUGUUGGACAUCUUCGUCGUAGUGUCGAGGAGCGUCAGCACAGCUCGCAGUCCGCUUGCCCAUCAUGCCACCUAAGAAGAUCGACUAUUCCGGCUACCAAUACAGCGCUCUCUCAUCGCGAGUCACAACAGCUGAUCGCUCGCUCAUCGGGCGCCGCGAGAAUGAGCCAACAGGAGAAGCAGAAUCGCUCCGAGGGCGGAUAGACCCGAAGGCGAUGGGAAGCCGCGCCGGCCGGGAAACCAUCAAGGACCUGGACAAGAAGAAGGGGAAGGCAGCUGCAGCGCAGCGAGCUCAAGAACAAGGCGCUGGACUGAGCAAAGGGAAGAAGCAGUCGUCUGCGGCCCUGGGCACAGGCCAUUAUGCAGACAUUCUCGAGGCAACGGCGGAGCUUGAAGGGCUGCGCUACAAGCCCCGCACAUUUGAGACACGCCAAACAUUCGAGCUUAUCCUCUCGCUUGUGCAUUCCCUCAUUGGAGACCAAGCAUCAGAUAUUGUGCGAUCUGCAGCUGACACCAUCUUGGAAGUGCUCAAGGACUACAACUUGAAGGACCUGGACAAAUUGCGAGACUGUAGGGAGGUAAUUGGCGCCGGGGAGUCGGGCCUGAGCCAGGACACAUUUGGGCAGCUCCUCAAUCUCAGCAAAAAGAUCACAGAUUACGAUGAAGAGGAAACAAAAGCGGCAGACCCCGACGCUGAGAGGGCGAUGGCAAAUUUGGACGAGGAUACCGGCGUGGCUGUUAUGUUCGACGGAGAGGAGGAAGGGAGCGACCCAGACGAAGAGGUUUACGUCGAACGCAUGACAGAUGAUGAAGACGAAGAUGAAGACGAUGGGGAAGCUGGGACUGUCAAACAAGAGGCAGAAGAAGAUGGGGAUGGAGCUGCUGCUGAGGCAACAAAUGGUGCUGAAGACGCAAUGGUCAUCGGUACUUCAUCCUCAUCCAAGCGAAAAGCGGCGCUUGAGGGUGCUGUUUCGCCCAGCCAGGUGGAUGCGUUCUAUUUGCAGCGCCUGGUCGGCCAGACUUACCCUGACGAGCACGAAGCCUCAUCCAAGGCUGCCCUAGCUUUGGAUAUUCUUGCAGCUGAGAGCAGUGUCCGCGAAUGCGAAAACAGUCUCAUGGAGCUCUUCGACUACGAGCAUCUCGAACUUGUCAAGAACCUUACACAGAGCCGCGAUGUCCUCGUUUGGUGCACCAAGUUUACUCGCGCAGAUCCCGACGAACGUGUCAACAUUGAAGUAGAAAUGCGCGAGAAAGGGCUCGGCUGGAUUCUCAGAGCUCUGCGAGGUGGCGCAGCAGGCGGCAAGAAUGGUCAGGUCAACACCGACGCAAAGCCGAUGGAGAUCGACGAGGAGGCUGCUGAGCGGGCACGCAAGCUCACCAUUAAGGCAACGCUUGCUCCCGGAUCCAUGUCCAAGCCACGCAAAACUGUCAACCUCUCCGACAUGGCUUUCUCACAAGGUGCCCAUCUCAACUCGAACCCAAAGGUGCAACUGCGCGACAGCUUCAAAAGAACGAUGAAGGGGUACGAAGAGAUUCACGUCCCUGCACCACAAAAGAAGGAGAUUCCACAGGAUGAGCUCGUACCGAUCGCAUCCUUGCCCCAUUGGGCGCAGCCUGCCUUCCCCGGAGCUCUGACUCUCAACCCUGUGCAAUCGAAAUGCUUUCGAGUUGCAUUUGGGAGCGAUGAUCCAAUGCUCUUGUGCGCCCCGACUGGCGCAGGCAAGACCAACGUCGCUAUGCUCACCAUCCUCAAUGAGAUCGGAAAGUGGCGCGACGAGGCAACCGGCGAGAUCGACCUCAACGCUUUCAAGAUUGUCUAUGUCGCCCCGAUGAAGGCACUGGUUGCGGAACAGACGGGCAACUUCCGGGACAGGCUUAAGGACUACGGCAUCACUGUUAAUGAACUUACCGGUGAUAGCCAACUCACCAAGCAGCAGAUCGCUGAGACACAAAUCAUCGUAACCACGCCAGAGAAGUGGGACGUCAUCUCGCGCAAGAGCACGGACACCAGCUAUACCAACUUGGUCCGCCUUAUGAUCAUUGAUGAGAUUCAUCUGCUGCAUGAUGAUCGCGGCCCUGUGCUCGAAGCCAUCAUUGCGCGAACGAUCCGGCGAAUGGAGCAGCUUAUGGAUCCAGUACGCCUCGUGGGCCUCUCAGCAACGCUGCCGAACUACGAAGACGUUGCCACCUUCCUUCGUGUCAACCCAAAGAAGGGGCUUUUCUACUUUGAAGCUUCGUAUAGACCAUGCCCGCUUAAGCAAGAGUUCAUUGGCGUCACCGAGAAGAAGGCUAUCCGGCGCUUCCAAGUCAUGAACGAGGUUGCAUAUGAGAAAGCCUACGAGCAGGCCGGUAAAAACCAAGUUCUGAUAUUUUGCCAUUCCCGCAAGGAGACCGCCAAGACAGCAAAGUUCAUUCGUGACCGUGCCAUGGAGCGGGAUACACUUUCAGACUUCUUGCCCCAGUCCCUGGCCAGUAGAGAGAUCUUACAAACUGAGGUUGAAAAUGUUUCCGACCCAAAUCUCAAGGAUUUGUUGCCCUACGGCUUUGGCAUCCAUCACGCUGGAAUGACCCGAGCCGACCGGCAGCUUUGUGAAGACCUUUUUGCACAUGGCGACUUGCAAGUGCUCGUCUCCACUGCAACUCUGGCCUGGGGCGUUAAUCUGCCAGCGCACACGGUUAUCAUCAAAGGUACUCAAAUCUACAAUCCUGAAAAGGGUCGCUGGGUAGAGUUAUCCCCUCAAGACAUGCUACAAAUGCUUGGACGUGCGGGUCGACCACAAUUCGACACAUUUGGCGAGGGCAUUAUCAUCACCAACCAUUCAGAGCUGCAGUAUUAUCUCAGCCUUCUCAAUCAGCAGCUGCCGAUCGAGUCGCAAUUCGUGUCGAGACUGCCUGACAACCUCAACGCUGAAAUCGUCCUUGGAACGAUCCGCAACAGGGACGAAGCAGUCGCAUGGCUUGGUUAUACCUAUCUCUAUGUGCGCAUGCUCCGGACACCUACCCUGUACAGCGUCACCGCAGACUACGCCGAGGAUGACCCAUUCCUGGAGCAGAAGCGUGCCGACAUCAUUCAUUCAGCUGCUGUGUUGCUGGAAAAAAGCGGCAUGCUGAAGUAUGACCGACGUAGCGGCCUCUUCACCUCGAACGAGCUCGGAAGGAUCGCCUCACAUUACUACGUUUCCCACACAAGUAUGGCAACGUACAAUGCCCAGCUCAAGCCGCAUCUCGGCAUGAUCGAGCUGUUCCGCAUCUUUGCGCUCUCAGAUGAGUUCAAACACCAGGUUGUCCGGCAAGACGAAAAAUUGGAGGUCGGCAAAUUCUUAGAGCGGGUGCCGAUCCCGGUCAAGGAAGCCCUAGAUGAUCCGAUCGCAAAAGUCAACGUCCUAUUGCAAGCCUGGGUUUCCCAGCUUAAGCUAGAGGGCUACGUGCUUGCAGCCGACAUGGUCUAUGUGACCCAAUCCGCAGGCCGCAUUCUGCGCGCGAUUUUCGAAAUCUGCCUGAAGCGCGGCUACGCGCGUCUCAGUCACCAGGCACUCGAUCUGUGCAAGAUGGUGGAAUCACGGCAGUGGGCGUCCAUGACACCUUUGCGGCAAUACCCUGGGGUGCCUGCCGACCUGGUCAGGCGGCUCGAGAGAAAGGAGUACCCCUGGAAUCGGCUACGUGAUCUCGAGCCUAAUGAACUUGGAGAGCUGAUCAAUCUGCCAAAGGCCGGACGCUUCCUGUAUCGCCUGGUCAAUCAGUUUCCACGAUUGGAACUACAAGCUUUUUUCCAGCCCUUGACACGCUCUCUGCUUCAUGUGCAACUCACAAUCACCCCCGACUUUCAAUGGGAUGCCAAGAUCCACGGGAAUGCACAACUGUUCCACAUACUCGUCGAGGAUGUCGAUGGAGAAUUCGUCCUCUUCCAUGACCAAUUCAUGCUGAGACAGCGCUACGCGGAGGAAGAACACACCGUCACAUUUACCGUCCCCCUGACGGACCCCAUGCCGCCGAACUACUAUAUCAGCGUGAUGUCGGAUCGAUGGCUCCACAGCGAGACGCGACUGCCCAUAUCUUUCCAGAACCUCAUCCUCCCUGAGAAGUUUCCGCCCCAUACGCCACUCCUCGACCUUCAAACACAGCCAGUGUCGGCGCUGAAGGACCCAGAAGCGCAAAGCAUCUACCAAAAUUCCUUCCACCACUUCAACAAGGUGCAAACGCAGACUUUUCAUCCACUGUAUGCAACCGACGACACCGUGUUUAUCGGUGCACCGUCCGGCAGCGGCAAGACUAUCUGCGCUGAGUUAGCUUUGUUGCGUCUGUGGAAGAGUGGAAACGAAGGCAGGGCAGUGUGCAUCAUGCCGUACGAAAGCAUGCUUGCAGGUCGUGUUGCCAACUGGAAAUCAAAGUUCAGCAAGUACCGCGGCGGCAAAGAGGUCGUUGCUCUCACAGGCGAGACAAGUGCUGAUCUGCGUCUCCUUGAGAUGGGAGACGUUAUCAUCUGCACACCUGAGCAAUGGGACGUGCUCUCACGGCGAUGGAGGCAGAGGAAGAAUGUGCAAAGCGUGGCACUUUACAUCGCAGAUGAGAUGCACUUGGUUGGUGACUGGCGAUUAGGGCCGACGUACGAAGUCAUCAUUUCGCGUGCUCGCUUUGCAGCAGCGCAGACGGGCAAUCCGAUGAGAAUCGUCGCGUUGAGCGCGCCGCUCGGCAAUGCAAGAGACGUCGGGAAUUGGAUUGGGGUCCCCAACAGCGGAAGCCUUUUCAACUUUAGUCCGACAGCUCGAGAAUUGCCGAUGGAAGUCCACAUCCAGGGCUUCAACAUUCCCCAUUUCCCCUCAUUGAUGAUUGCCAUGGCAAAGCCAGCGUACCUGUCCAUCAUCGAGUAUUCGCCAGACCACCCUGUUCUUGUGUUUGUGCCAUCCCGCAAGCAGGCCAAGCUCACCGCCAACGACCUGCUGGCGUAUGUUCAAGCUGAUAGUGACCGAGAUGGUGGUGAGUCGCGCUUUUUGAACAUCGAGGAAGAGGACCUCAAGCCCCACCUCCAGCAAGUUCAAGACGAAGAUCUGCGCGAAACAUUGGAGCAAGGCAUCGGCUUCUACCACGAAGGCAUGUCGCGUGGAGACAAGCGAACUGUCGAGCGACUGUAUCAAGCGGGAGCUAUCCAGGUCGUUGUUGCUAGUAAGGACACAUGUUGGAGCAUACCAUUGACAGCACACAUGACUAUCGUCAUGUCGCUGCAGGCAUACGAAGGUAAGGAGCACCGCUACGUCGACUACGCAUUACCGGAAGUGCUGCAGAUGGUGGGCAGAAGCACACAAGCUGCCGAGGAAGAGGUGUCUCGCUGCAUCAUGCUCUGUCAAGCCACCCGAAAGGACUACUUCCGAAAGUUCUUGGCAGAAGGCUUGCCCCUUGAGAGUCGUCUCAAUGCGUACGCCCAGGACUUUUUCAACGCAGAGAUUGUGGCCAGGACGAUCGAGAACAAGCAGGACGCGGUCGACAUCCUUACUUGGACGCUUAUGUAUCGCCGACUUCAGCAGAAUCCGCAGGCGUACAAUUGUCAAGGACGGACUCAGCAGCACAUUAGCGACUUUUUAUCAGAGCUGGUGGAGACCACACUUGCAGACCUGGAGAACAGCAAGUGCAUCGCCAUCGAGGAUGAAAUGGACGUCAGCCCGCUUAACCUGGGUAUGAUUUCGAGCUUCUACAACGUGAGCUACGUAACUGUCGAUGUCUUCAACCUGUCGCUCAAGGACAAGACAAAGAUGCGGCAUCUGCUUGAGAUCGUGAGCUCCGCAGCCGAAUUUGAGGACUUCCCCAUCCGGCAGCACGAGGACGUCAUUUUGCAGAAGAUCUACAACCGUGUCCCACACAAGCUGGACAAGAUCAACUUCAACAGCCCGUUCCACAAAGCAUUCGUUCUACUUCAGGCGCACUUUGCACGUCUUUCUCUUCCGGCAGACCUCAAGAUCGACCAGCGCGCGGUGUUGAGCAAAAUUGUUACUCUGCUUAGCGCAUGCGUCGAUGUCAUGAGCUCGAACGCAUACUUGAAUGCGAUCAUCGCUAUGGAGCUUACGCAGAUGUGCGUGCAGGCCGUCUGGGACCGCGACUCGCCACUACGGCAAGUGCCGCACUUUACGCCGGUAAUCAUCGAGCGCUGCAAGGCGAGGGGUAUCAAUGAUGUCUACCAGCUCUCCGAGACGCUUCCAGACCUCGAAGACAGCGAACGCGAUGAACUAUUGCAGAUGACCAUGAAGCAGCUGGCCGAUGUUGCUAAGUUCACAAACAACUUCCCAUAUGUCGAAAUUUCCUAUGAAAUCCAAGAUGAAGAGGGCCUCACUGGGGGCACGCCUAUCAAUAUGCGUGUCACGCUCGAGAAGGAAGUGGAUGACGAUGACGAGGAAGCAGCGGACCCGACCGCAGUUGCACCAUUCUUCCCCCACAAAAAGUUGGUCCACUGGUGGCUUGUCGUUGGAGACCCUGGCACGAAGAAUUUGCUCGGCAUCAAGCGUGUCACAAUUGGCAAGACUCUCAGCGUGAAACUGGAAUUCACGCUUCCGAAGGGCACACAUGAUCGCUUGCGGCUGUACCUCCUGUGCGACAGCUAUCAAGGCGCCGACCGCGAGACCAAGCUUCCGACGCUUGUAGUGGCGGAAGGUGAAGAGAGCGAUGAGGAAGAGGAGAGUGACGAGAGCGAAGACGACGGAGAUGGAGAUGCAAAAAUGUCCGAGGCAUGAACUGCCCGACCAAGACGAUCUAAAAUUGAGUGUAUAUCUAUCUGCACUAUACGUCAAUAGACACCAGACGUAUUUGGGAAGACGCCCCU